AUGGCAGAGUUCAAUUGGAUAAAGCACGCGGCGAAUGAAGGUACCAUCUGUACGAAAGGCAAUGGGGAUAAUACUAAGCUUUGGAAAGACAACUGGGUUGGACAGGGUAAUCUUAUGAGUAUCUUCCCUCCACAGAUGCAAUAUGACUCUGAACAUCAUAUAGAAGCCAAGGUGAGUAGCUGUUUGGUUGAUGGGGUUUGGAACCUCUCCCCUAACUUGAGGAAUGCUUUGGGAAAUGUAGCUAUGGUUAUAGAAGGAGUGCAAACUGAUAACAUGAUUCAAGACAGGGUGAUUUGGACGGCGGGAAAAUCUGGAGAGUUUGUCCUCAAGGAUACUUAUAAUUCUCUGUGGCACAAAGAAAUUAAGAAAACGUGGCACAAACUUAUCUGGUUUCCUAACUGCAUUCCAAGGCAUUGCUUCAUUGUUUGGGUUACUCUUCAACGUGGUUUAAAAACUAAUUUCAAACUUCUUUCAUGGGGUAUGGAUGUUGAUCCUGUGUGCAGGUUAUGUAACUUAAUGCUUGAGGACGAUCAUCAUCUCUUUUUUGGUUGUAGCUUCUCUGUCUAUAUAUGGAAGCACAUUCUGAAUCUCCUGGGACUUCGAAGCAUUAUUUUACAGGAUUGGGACAGGCAGAUUGAUUGGAAUAGGAGGGUCUUCACUCAUAAGAAUUUGCCUGCAUGUGUUGUUAUUUUCAAGAUUAUCGAAGAUGUCAAAUAUCGCAUGGCUACUUGCAAGACUUCUAUGCCUGACAACAAUGAGUCUCUCCAAAUAGAAGUCUCUUGGCAGAAACCGGGGGAAGGAGAAGUGGCAAUAAACACAGAUGGGUCUCUAUGUGAAGAUGGUGCUGGUUAUGGAUCUAUCAUUCGUAAUGAGCAUGGCACUCCUCUCUCUGCAGUAACCGGUAGCUCAAUCCCCUCCUCUAUCACCUUACAUGAGCUACAAGGCAUUGAAGCAGGCCUUAAGCUUGCACACCAGAAAGGCUUGUCCAGGAUCUCUCUUAGAUCCGACUCCUUGACAGCGAUAAGAUAUCUAAAAGAAGAUGGCAGUGAACCCCCUUGGACUUGUCACCAUGUUUGGGAGUCUAUCAAAAGACUUAGAUUGCAGUUUGAUUAUUGCACUCCUUCUCACACCUGCAGAGAAGUAAAUGGUGCGGCUGAUAUGCUUGCUGGGUCACGACCUGAUGGUGAUUUCGCUGAAAUUCACCCAGAUCAAUUCACUGAUGAGUUAAAGAAAAUUAUCAUGGAGGAUGCUAUGGGGAGAGUCUAUUAUAGAUAG